CUGGUGCCUUUGUUUUUCAAAGUCCCCCUUCCCCCUCCCCUUUCCUUUCUCAUGUGAUGGGUUUUCCUUUUUCCUUGUUUUUUCUUCUCUCGUUGUUUACUGUGUUUCCCGGUUCCUGUGGGGCCUGGUUGUGUUUCUUCUCGUCUCUCCUCUUUUAGGGUUGGUCGGCCUUUCAUCAGCAUUUCAUCUCCCCCGGGCUGCCAGCCUGCCAACCCAAAGUUGAACGGCUACUACGUAGGUAGUGUAUCCGUACCUAUGGUAGUACUGCGCGCCGUCGGGGACACGGACCUCCUUACCCCCACCUUCCUUUUCCCGGCAUCAUUCAAUCAACCUUCGUCAUACAGGCAGGUAGGGAGGUAUUUUCUCGUCUCUCAUUUCCUGCCCUAUCCCAUCCGGGCCAUUCUAUUCGUACAAGGCACCCUACCUACCUACCUACCUAUGCCAUGCAAUCUCAUGCCACCCCUGCUCUGCACCCGAGCCCCUUGUCCUCUUCCAUUCCCCUGGGCUCAGUUAAUCUUCUUUGCAUCCACCCACAGACGUUCUGAUCCAUUGAUCCUUCCCUUCUUCUUUUUUGCUUUGACGGCCUUGUGUGAUGUACACGCACGCAGGCAUUACGCUUGUAUCUCUCAUUACGCUUCUUACUACCUACUAUCCCUGGCUGAUGUUGUCCUGUCUCACGCAACCCUUUUCUUCAAUGCAACUACCUAAGCACCACCUACUAUGCAUGGUAGGAACAUGACUUGAAACAGCGCAGAGAGGGGAGGGUGGGAUCGGUAAUGAAUACCAUUCUGAUGGGCUAAUCAAACCGGUUUAC